CUUUUGCUCUCCUUUCUCCCCAAGUUCCCCUACACAAAACCCUAAUUCGUCUCAUCGUUUCUCUGUUUUCUGCCCAAAUUUUUGUCUUUUCACUCUCAAUCACCUUCUCAACAUGGCGGAGGUGAUAUCGAUGGAAGAUAUCAGAGCGACGGCCUCUACCCUUGGGAUUGAUGUUUCGAAUAUUGACUUCGAUUCCAUACGUCUCCCUCCUGGGGAAGAUUUUGGCAUCACAAGUGAUGAUGAUGAUCUUCAUGAAGAGGAUCCUCUUGAAUACGAUCCUGGUUUUGGUAACAUCAUUGUUGUGGAUAAUCUCCCUGUUGUUCCUCGUGAGAAAUUUGAGAAGCUUGAAGGGGUUGUUCGCAAAAUUUACAGUCAGAUUGGUGUCAUAAAGGAGGAUGGACUUUGGAUGCCUGUUGAUUCUGAUACCCAGAAAACAUUGGGUUAUUGCUUUAUUGAGUAUAAUACCCCUCAGGAAGCCGAGCUUGCUCGGGAGAAGACCAAUGGGUACAAGUUGGACAGGGCACAUAUAUUUGCUGUAAAUAUGUUUGAUGACUUUGACAGGUUCAUGAAAGUUCCUGAUGAGUGGGCACCUCCUGAAACCAAGCCAUAUACCCCUGGGGAAAAUUUACAACACUGGCUUACUGAUGAAAAGGCAAGAGAUCAGUUUGUGAUUCGUGCUGGCUCAGACACGGAGGUUUUAUGGAAUGAUGCAAGACAUUUGAAGCCUGAGCCUGUUUACAAACGUGCUUACUGGACUGAGAGUUUUGUGCAGUGGUCCCCACUAGGGACUUACUUGGCAACAGUUCACAGGCAGGGUGCUGCUGUCUGGGGAGGUGCUACUGCCUUCAACCGCCUAAUGCGUUAUGCUCAUCCCCAGGUUAAACUGAUUGAUUUCUCCCCUGGUGAGAAGUAUUUGGUCACCUACAGCAGCCAUGAACCAAGCAAUCCUCGUGAUACUCAUAGGGUUGUUCUGAAUGUGUUUGAUGUGAGAACUGGAAAAGUGAUGAGAGAUUUCAAGGGAAGUAUGGACGAAUUUUCAGUUGGAGGAGCUGGGGGUGUUUCUGGGGUCUCUUGGCCUGUUUUCAGGUGGGGAGGCGGCAAAGAAGAUAAGUACUUUGCCAGGAUUGGGAAAAAUGUGAUCUCUGUCUAUGAAACAGAAACGUUUUCUCUUAUUGACAAGAAAUCCUUGAAGGUUGAAAAUGUUAUGGACUUAAGUUGGUCACCAGCUGAUCCCAUUCUUGCCCUCUUUGUUCCUGAACUUGGUGGUGGGAAUCAACCUGCUAGGGUGAGUCUGGUUCAAAUCCCCAGUAAAGAGGAGUUGAGGCAGAAGAAUCUCUUUAGUGUUAGUGACUGCAAAAUGUACUGGCAAAGCAAUGGGGACUACCUGGCUGUUAAGGUUGAUCGAUACACAAAAACUAAGAAAAGCACAUACACUGGCUUUGAGCUUUUCCGAAUUAAAGAAAGGGAUAUACCAAUUGAGGUUUUGGAGCUUGAGAAUAAGAAUGACAAGAUUAUUGCAUUUGCUUGGGAGCCAAAAGGUCAUAGGUUUGCGGUUAUUCAUGGGGAUAGCCCAAGGCCUGAUGUAAGUUUUUACUCGAUGCGUAGUGGCAGUAAUACAGGCCGGGUCUCUAAACUCACUACUCUCAAGGGGAAGCAGGCAAAUGCCCUUUUCUGGUCACCAGCUGGUCGCUAUAUCAUACUUGCAGGGCUGAAGGGAUUCAAUGGACAGUUGGAAUUUUACAAUGUUGAUGAGCUUGAAACCAUGGCAACUGCUGAACAUUUCAUGGCUACAGAUAUUGAAUGGGAUCCUACAGGAAGGUAUGUUGCAACUUCAGUUACUUCAGUUCAUGAGAUGGAAAAUGGCUUCAACAUAUGGUCCUUCAACGGCAAGCUCCUGUAUCGGAUACUAAAGGAUCACUUCUUCCAGUUCUUGUGGCGUCCACGACCACCAUCCUUCUUGAGUCCCGAGAAAGAGGAAGAGAUAGCAAAGAACUUGAAAAAGUACAGUAAGAAGUACGAGGCAGAGGACCAGGAUGUCUCUAUGUUAUUAAGUGAGCAGGAUCGUGAGAAGCGGAAGAUGUUGAAGGAUGAAUGGGAAAGGUGGGUCAAUGACUGGAAGCGGUGGCAUGAGGAAGAGAAAGCCGAGAGGCAGAGGCUCAGGGAUGGUGAAGCCAGUGACGAGGAAGAGGAGUACGAGGCUAAGGAAGUUGAAGUUGAGGAGCUGUUGGACGUCUCAGAGGAGGUGCUUUCUUUUGAUUUGGAUCAGGAGUGAGUGUUCUGUAGACGCUAAUUACGGAUAUUUAUUUUAUGAAUCUCUUUUUUUAAAAGUAGGUGGCCCUUUGAUCUUAAAAUUUUUGUGGUUCAAUGUUUGAUGUCUCACUUGUUUAUUAUUAUUAUUAUUGUUAUUGUAUCAUUCUGGGAUUAGUCAUACUCUAUUGACUUUGAAGAGUUAUGUUACAAUCUGAAGAAUUUUGCUAGUCUUCACA